CUCAAUCCGUCAGCGGAAAUUGAGUACCGGCCUCCGGCAAUGAACAAUAACACACAACUGUGAAAGACGAAAAGGAGAAACUACGUUUCAAACAAAAUCCACCCAUUGGAACCUCCCAGCUUUCGUUUGGCAUGCUCUGACUAAUCUCCAAUUUACAUCCCGAGAGUUGUCAGAUUAACGUGGCAUCUGUUCAGUGAACUGCUCAUUCUUGAGCCACUAAGAGCACCAAAGCGUCGGUGCUCCUCGGCAAGCUGAGACAUCACCAUGGAAACCCAAACAGACGUUAUUCCUAUCUGGCAGAACAAGCCUCAUGGAUCCACUCGCAGUGUGGUGAGAAGAAUAGGGUCCACUCUCCCACUCAAGCCCCCACAAAGGGCGUGUUUUCAGGAACUACCUGGCAUUUCCGCUCUUCGUCCUAUGGACGGCCCCAUGGUACCCACUUUGGCAGAUAUUGCCUGGAUUGUUGCAGAUGAAGAGGAGACGUAUGCCAGAGUGCGGAGUGACAGUCGCCCUCUCAAACACGAAUGGAGGCCCACGCCGCUCCUGGUGCUACACAGGAACUCGUCUGUGCCCAACUUCCGACGGGAGGGCAAGCGGGUGGAGGGCCUGAGGAAACCCGGGGUAACUGCACUAAACCGCACCACCGCCCUGCAGGAUGAGCUGAGCAGACUUCGGGCACAGAUUGCAAAGAUUGUGGCUGGCGAUACUGGUUCCAACCCCUUGACUCCUGACCUGCUCUCCCCCGACGAUACCACCAUGAGCUUUUCUAUGGCGCCCUUCGAGACCGCCCCCUACCAGCCGGCGGCCGCAGCGGCCGCCUCUUUCGUCAUCAGCGAUGUCACCGAGGAAGACGAAGAAGAGUUGGAGGAGCAAGAUGAUGACGACGACAAGGACAUGGUGUCUGUGGUGUCGGAGCUGGUCCCCGACCCCCUGCCGCCGGUCUCCAUGACGGCGUCGGCCACCUUUGACCUUGACAGGCCCAGCAUGGACUACCGCGAGGCGGAGGAGGACACGGUGUCGCUGUCCAAGUCCACCAGUUUUGCCGACGUGAUGGACAUCUUGAAGGACAUGAACCGAAUGAAGAUGAACAAAGACAGAUAUAACAGAGGCUGUACGUCCUUAAGAGAGGAGGACUCGGCUUCUCUGAUCUCCGAAGCUCUAAGGAAAAAGUUUGUCCUGAAGGAGGAAGACAGCGUCGCCGUGAAGCAGAAGUAGUUCACCCAGGCUUGCCGUUCCUGCUACUUCAUGCCUUUUCCCAAGAACUGCCAUGGACUGCAGCCAUCGUCCUCAGACCUCAACGCAGUAGCUGCCUGCUGCCAGUUCGUAAACAAAUCUGUAUCAUAUAUCGCCUAUUUCUUGCUCCGUUUUUCAGAACAGUGACUCAACAUAUUGAUUCAACUGAGGAGUGAGCAGUGGUCCCUUUUAAGGAGCACUUUUUACCCAUCCAGCAUUGAAAAGGGAGGGUUUUUAAUUCGGAAAUUUUCCAGUUCUGUAUCAUACUUGAAAAACGUUUGCGAGUACACACAACAAGUUUAAAGUCAAUGUAUACAUUUAGCCUGUAUUGUCUAAAGCAGGGGUGGGAAACCUUUGAGCCUCAAUCAACCCACGAGAUUCACUUACACUUUGGGGAGUCCACUAAAUAAUUUGUAAUCAGUUAUUAUGUAGUAUUAACUUUUUUUUCCCAAAAUGUCCAUACCAUAAACUUAUUACUCCUACCUUUGUUAGCUUUGGGCCAAUUAAACACGCUAAUGUGAUUGUGACAUAAAUCUGGCAUUACUGCAUUAUGCGCUGCAGUUCUCUGUACUUGCAAUGCAUUGUUUCCAAUACGUCAAGUGGUGCUAAACCGAAAUUGACUAAACUAUAAAGUACACAAAAAUAAAUAAAUAUGCCAUUUGGAGGUACAACAUGAUAGUUAGAGAAGGAGUAAGUUUCAUCGGUGUUAUAAUUAUGAGGGAGUCUUUGGAGACAAAAAGGAACCGCUGCACUUGAAAGUUUGUUGCAAUCCAAAAAAAACCUCAGUGGAACUGUUAGGAUAAAAAUAUCCCAAAAAUCUCUCUUUCAUAAUGUCAGAGAACUUGAUUAAACUGAAAUGGGCCCUGAUAAAAAAAACAGUUCCCCACCCCUGAAAGAAAGUGUGUGAGACGCCCAGUAUGAUCCAAGCUGGUGGCAGCCUUUUGAAGCAGACUGGGAAUUCCCGACCAAGCAAAGAAAAAUGUCAUGCGUGUGUGUGUGUUUACACGACUUUGUACAGGAACCUGUGAGUGGUGAUUAUAAGUAUUCCUAAUGACGCCUUACCGCACGCACGUCUGUUGCCUGCUCAGAUGCCUGAUUUUAUUCACCCCCAACCCCCGCCUGUGCCACAAUUUCAUUUUUAUCAGACCAUCCCUUAUUGCCCAACCAUGUUCGUGUUAUUUGAUGCAAUGUAUUUAGAUUGCUGUUACUAUUUCCCUCUCCACACCAAGUAAUGUGUAAUAUGCUACUUUUAUUUCAUCAUGCGUCAUCUUUUUGGGAGGGAGAUCCACACCUUUAAAAGAUGAAGAAUACCAAUAAGACAUUUCAGUCUCUUGACAGGUUAGAUUUUACCUCAGUUUCUCACCAUUGAUCCUCUUUGUUGAGUUGAACACACCUCCAUAUUGUACGUGUUGACAUUUUUUGUUGUUGAUGUUGUUUGUAAAUAAAGAUUCAGCAGAUGUUU